GGAAGAGGAGAUCAAGCAGGAGAUUAACAUGCUGAAGAAGUAUUCUCACCAUCGGAACAUCGCCACGUACUACGGAGCCUUCAUUAAGAAGAACCCUCCAGGCGUAGACGACCAGCUCUGGCUGGUGAUGGAAUUCUGCGGUGCUGGGUCCGUCACCGACCUGAUCAAGAACACCAAGGGUAACACACUGAAGGAGGAAUGGAUCGCCUACAUUUGCCGGGAGAUUUUGCGGGGCCUGACUCACCUUCACCAGCACAAGGUCAUCCACCGUGACAUCAAGGGCCAGAACGUGCUGCUAACGGAGAACGCUGAAGUGAAGUUGGUUGACUUCGGAGUGAGUGCACAGCUGGAUCGCACGGUGGGGAGGAGGAACACGUUCAUCGGAACGCCGUACUGGAUGGCACCGGAGGUGAUCGCGUGUGACGAGAAUCCAGAUGCCACUUACGACUUUAAGAGUGACUUGUGGUCCCUCGGGAUCACUGCGAUGGAGAUGGCAGAAGGAGCACCACCUCUGUGUGACAUGCACCCGAUGAGAGCCCUCUUUCUUAUCCCGAGGAACCCACCGCCACGGCUGAAGUCCAAGAAGUGGUCCAAGAAGUUUGUGUCCUUCAUCGAGGGGUGCCUGGUGAAGAACCACAGCCAGAGGCCAGCCACCGACCAGCUGCUGAAACACCCCUUCAUCCGAGACCAGCCCAACGAGAGGCAGGUUCGCAUCCAGCUGAAGGAUCACAUCGACAGGACGAAGAAGCGGAGGGGUGAGAAAGAUGAGACGGAGUACGAGUACAGCGGGAGCGAGGAAGAGGAGGAUGAAGGAGACGUUGGGGAACCAAGCUCCAUUGUGAACCUGCCCGGUGAGUCCACCCUGCGGCGGGACUUCUUACGGCUGCAGCUGGCCAACAAGGAGCGCUCGGAGGCCCUGCGGCGACAGCAGCAGCAGGAGCAGCAGCGGGAGAACGAGGAGCACAAGAGGCAGCUGCUCGCCGAGCGCCAGAAGCGGAUCGAGGAGCAGAGGGAGCAGCGGCGGCGGCUGGAAGAGCAACAAAGAAGAGAGCGGGAAUUCCGGAAGCAGCAGGAACGGGAGCAGAGGCGGCGUUACGAGGAGAUGGAGAGGUUGCAGAGGGAGGAGGAGAGGCGCAAGGCAGAGAGGGAGCAGGAGUACAUAAGGCGACAGUUAGAGGAGGAACAGAGGCAGUUAGAGAUCCUGCAGCACCAGCUUCUGCAGGAGCAGGCACUCCUACUGGAGUAUAAGCGGAAGCAGCUGGAGGAACAGCGGCAGGCAGAACGUUUGCAGAGGCAGCUGCAGCAGGAGCGUGCCUACCUGGUGUCUCUGCAACAGCAGCAGCUGGACUCCAGGACAGGAGAGAAGAAGCCCCUCUACCACUACAAGGACAACCUCAACGUCAACGAGAAGCCGGCCUGGGCUAAAGAGGUACAGAGGCGAUCACACAGUAACUCUCCGCACCGCACUUCCCAACAGAGCGAGUUGAACGCUAGGGCAAUCUCAUUGGAUGACAUAUUGGGGGCCCAGACCAGCACUGGCCAGUGCGUCCUGGGGCCUGGCUUACUGCCCUCUUUUCCAGCCCUGGCUCCCCACCUCCCCUCUGAUGCCGCCGGGCAAGGUGAGAGCGUGAAGUCGAAUUCCCCCAAGAAGCGAGCGGAAGAGGGUCAGGAGCCACGGGCAGCCCCCAAGCGCCCCAGCAAGUGGGCGAAGCUGCGGAAACGGGCGUCGGCCAAGCAGCGGGCAUCGCCGGCAUUCGUCUUUGACUUUGGACCCGGCGGGGUGGUGAAAAAGAAUGUGGAAGAACGUUCCAAGGUAAACCGCCAGAGCUCGCCGGCGAUGCCACACAAGAUGGGUAACAGGAUGUCCGACCCCAGCAUGCCCCCUCGGUCCGAAUCCUUCAGCAGCAGCGGAGUGCAGGCCGCGCGGACUCCUCCUGUGCACGAAGCGGUUGAGUCUCAGGUCCAAGUCGCUCACCUGAUCCCCGUGAAACCUCACGGCACGUCCAUGACGGGCUCCCAGUCGCUCCACGAGCAGCCGACCAAGGGGAUGUCCAGCGCCUUCCACUCGCAAGAGGGGCUCAAGUCACACCGCGGAGAGAUGCCUCGGCAGAACUCUGACCCCACCUCUGAAACCCCACCCCUCCCGCCCCGCAUCGGCUCCAGGGAGGAAAAAUACCUGGGCGGCGGCUGGCUGAAGCAGGACGAUGACACGCCUCCCAAGGUCCCUCAAAGGACAACGUCCAUCUCUCCCGCGCCUGGUCGCAAGAAUUCUCCAGGGAAUGGUGGCGGAUUGGCUAAUCGGCCUGGCACUCAGCCAAUAAGAGCAAGUAACCCUGACCUGCGCAAGGCCGAGAACCCGAUGGAGACCGCCUUGCACCGCACCAGCAGUGGCAGCUCGUCCAGCUCCAGCACGCCCAGCUCCCAGAGCGGAUCGCAGCCCGGAUCCAAUGAACGGAACCAGAUCCGAGGAACAGGCAAGGCUGAGGGGUCACCCAUCCUGUCCCACGAGAGCUCACGGAAACCUGAAGAGGGACGGGAGCUGACACGGCCAGGGAGACCUGCGAGCUAUAAGAAAGCCAUAGAUGAGGACCUGACGGCUUUGGCCAAAGAGUUGCGGGAGCUUCGGAAUGAAGAGUCCAACCGCCCUCCCAUCAAAGUCACCGACUACUCCUCGUCCAGCGAAGAGUCGGAAAGCAGUGAUGAGGAGGAGGAGGAGGAGGAGGAGGAGGAGGAGGAUGCAGACAAUGAGGCUCAGGAUGGGACAGUCCCAGUCAGUGACAUUCCCAGGAUAAUGCCCACCUCUGCGUCCGGCGGCGGUGAGCAAUACACGAAGGAGUUCGGUGUGGGGCAGGUGGGAGUGUGCGAGGGGCCCCUGUCAUCCGACCUCUACAGGAACCCUCCCGGAGAUGGAACCUUGAUUAUACGUGAGACUUCUGGUGAGAGAACGCGGACUGGUCAUGCUGACAGUAAUGGCUUUGCCAGCCAAACCAAUCUGCCCGAUCUGGUGCAGCAAAGCCAAUCUCCUGCCACCACACCGACUGAGGCCAUGGGGCGGACCUCGUCUCAGCUCGCUCAGGAGAAGGACUCGGCCGCUGGGUACGGCAGAGGGACAGGCACAAAGUCGUCUUUCACCCCGUUUGUGGACCCCAGGGUAUUUCAGACUUCGCCCAGUGGGAGUGAGGAGGAGUCUUCAGCGGCAGUGAUCUUCUCCACCGAGAUGUUGCGGCAGGAACAGGCCAAGCUGAACGAGGUCCGGAAAAUCUCCGUGGUCAACGUCAAUCCCACCAACAUCCGACCCCACAGCGACACUCCAGAGAUCCGGAAGUACAAGAAGCGGUUCAACUCCGAGAUACUGUGCGCUGCACUCUGGGGAGUGAACCUGCUGGUGGGCACUGAGAACAGUUUGAUGCUACUGGAUCGGAGCGGCCAGGGGAAGGUGUAUAACCUGAUCAGUCGCAGGCGAUUCCAUCAGAUGGACGUGCUGGAGGGUCUCAACAUCCUGGUGACUAUAUCCGGGAAGAAGAACAAGCUGCGGGUGUACUACCUGUCCUGGCUGAAGAACAGGAUAUUGCAUAAUGACCCGGAGGUGGAGAAGAAGCAGGGUUGGACCACCGUCGGUGACCUGGAGGGCUGCGUACAUUACAAAGUCGUUAAGUACGAGAGGAUCAAGUUUCUGGUGAUCGCGUUGAAGAAUGCGGUGGAGAUUUAUGCCUGGGCGCCAAAACCUUAUCACAAGUUCAUGGCCUUCAAGUCUUUUACAGAUCUCCAGCACAGGCCGUUACUGGUUGACCUGACGGUAGAAGAGGGGCAAAGGUUAAAGGUUAUCUAUGGGUCUAACACUGGUUUCCAUGUGAUCGAUGUGGAUUCAGGAACUGUCCAUGACAUUUACAUACCCUCACAUAUCCAGGGCAACGUAACACCUCACGCUCUCAUCAUCCUGCCCAAGACGGAUGGCAUGGAGAUGCUGGUGUGCUACGAGGACGAGGGGGUUUACGUCAACACUUACGGCCGUAUCACUAAGGACAUCGUGCUGCAGUGGGGCGAGAUGCCCACCUCAGUUGCGUACAUCCAUUCCAGUCAGAUCAUGGGCUGGGGGGAGAAGGCCAUUGAGAUCCGCUCGGUGGAGACUGGUCACCUGGACGGGGUCUUCAUGCACAAGAGAGCUCAGCGUUUGAAGUUCCUGUGUGAACGGAAUGACAAGGUCUUCUUCGCAUCAGUUCGCUCCGGUGGCAGUAGCCAAGUCUUCUUCAUGACACUGAACAGAAACUCGAUGAUGAACUGGUAGCACAACCUGCGGUGGCUCUGAUGUUCGAACCCGCACUGAGACAAUGGCCGUCGACAGCCUGGAGAGAAAUCUAACAGUUAAAGGCAAACUGCCCCUUGACAUCAAGGGUAUUCUCGGACUAAUGCAAUAUUACAAAGCCUGUGUCGUGUAUCUGGAGGGCCCGACGGUGAUUUAUUAAUUUUUUUUGGUCCCGGUUAACUUUCUGUGCGUGGUGAAAGUCUCCGAGGGGAGCCCCUAGUAACAAAGACAGCUACAGAGGUGAGCUCCAGGAUAUACAGAGAUUUGGGCUUGUUCCCCAGACACUUUCCUGAAAGCAGAGGAAGAAUGGUGAUUCCAAC